GUGGGGCAGACUGAAGCCAUUUUAUUAUUUUAACAGCAGAGGUGCAGGUGCACCAACGUUUUCUUUAAAAAUAAAAAUUAUAAAGCAACACAAUUGUUUAGCGCGUAGCACUAGCGACGCAAUGGGGCAGUGUGGAAUUACGUCAUCCAAAACCGUCCUGGUUUUCCUCAAUCUCAUCUUUUGGGCUGCAGCUGGAAUUUUAUGCUACAUUGGAGCCUACGUGUUCAUCUCGUACGAUGACUAUGACCACUUCUUUGAGGAUGUGUACACUUUGAUUCCUGCUGUGGUGAUCAUCGCUGUCGGGACUCUUCUGUUCAUCAUCGGCUUGAUUGGCUGCUGUGCAACAAUUCGCGAGAGCUCUUGUGGCCUGGCAACCUUUGCUGCCAUUCUCCUGCUGGUCUUCGUGACGGAGUGUGUGGUGGUCGUGCUCGGCUACAUUUACAGGGCAAAGGUUGAAGAUCAGGUGAAUCACUCCAUUCAGAAGGUUUACAAUGAGUACAGCGGCAUCAAUUCUGACGCUCCCAGUCGUGCUAUUGACUACGUACAGAAGCAGCUCCACUGCUGUGGAAUUCACAACUACUCUGACUGGAGGAACACCCGCUGGUUUAAAGAAGCCGGGAACAACAGUGUCCCAGUGAGCUGCUGUCAGCCCAACAUCAGCAACUGCACCGGCACUCUCACUCGACCUGGUGACCUCUACCAAGAGGGUUGUGAAGCCCUUGUUGUGAAGAAAUUAAAGGAGAUCAUGAUGUACGUGAUUUGGGCGGCAUUAACCUUUGCGUCUAUACAGAUGCUGGGCAUGCUCUGUGCCUGUGUGGUGCUGUGCAGGAGGGGCCAUGACCCGGCGUACGAGCUGCUGGUCACAACCAACAGCUAUGCAUGAAGGCUGCGGCCUCAACGCAGCACGCAGAAAAUCAACAGGAUCGCCAUCAGAACCGUUCACACUAGAUCAGCUGUAGUUAUAUAAGCUCAAACACACUUUGCACAACUCAAGAUAGAGUAGCAAACACUGACAGUGGGGUUGUUUUUUGGGGUGGGUGGGGGGGUUAAAGAGGAAAAAACUGUUAUUUAUUGUCAUGCUGUAUGAGUUCAAUGUUUUUCCUUUUACUCAUUUGAUCCAGAUGUAAAAGCCAAAGUUGUAUGUGGCAAGUUUAACGUUACUGUUGUAGAUUUUUUUUGGUGAAUUAUGAAAUAUUUCUUCUUUUCCCAGUGAGGAUGAUGAAGAGUCAUGUGAAGAUGAUGUAUGAACGUUUGACCCGGUGUGCUGUAUUGAAUGUAUUGGCUUGUGUGCAUAUUUGCACUGCAGCUCUGGUGAGGGUAAAUGGUUGUGAAAAUGCAGAAGCUUUGGUAACAAGAAAAUGUAAAAAUGUACACUACUCCUGAAAUCCUCGUCUGACAAGAGUUGUUUUUUUUUUUUUAAUUUGUGUUGUAAAUUCCAAUAUUUUUAUCUUAGUCGUUCUAGACAAACAGUGUUUAGAUUAUAAGGAGCAACAAUGAAGCAAAGCUAAGUAUUUACAUUUUCAUUUUGAUGUUUAUUUGAAGUUUACUUCUUAUGUUUGUGUUUUGUAGAGAAAAUUCCUUAUCUUUACUAAAAAAUUAGAUUGUGGCAAAAUAUAUAUUUAGGUGAUUCCGGCUCAAUUGAUUAGAAUAUGGAGUGUAGUGAACCCACCUUUUGUUUCUGGUGCCACAAAUGGGAUUUAUUAAAAGAGAUACCAGAAAUCUUUAGUUUGUAGAUUUUUUUUCCUUAUUUUUAAUCUCUAUGUUUUCUAGAAACUUUGAUCUGGAACAGAUUUUAGACACUUCGACUUUAAUUUUGUUUUUCCAUGGUUUGUGCUUCUGGGAAAAUGAGUCAUUAAUUGUAUUUAAAUGGAGAGAGAAGAAAAAUAAACUUGUAAAUUUCAACUAGA